AUGGAAUGGUUGAAAAAAACAACCCCACAGCUUUAUAAGUUAUUGGUUAUUGCAAAUGGAUUUGUUGAAACACUAACCGACGCUCUACUAUAUCUCUCUAGUACCCUGUUGGCUACUGCUAUCACUGAAGAAAAGUUGACUGAACUGAAAUCUCCUAAAUCAUCUCAUCACUCACCAGGAGGGAUUCGGCGUCGUUCUCUACGUCUAUCUCAGUCUAGAAUUUCUUCCAGUGCUGAAGUCAGUUGUGUUACAGAUAACAAUAAUGGAUUUAUAAGUGAAAUGAAACGUUUGUUAUUCUUAUGUAUUAAAGAAUUACAAAAGCAAGAACUGAUCUAUAUUGAUCAAUCUUCAAAUCCAGAAGGCAAUAAUGAAAAUCUGUCACAAAUGGAUGCUGAUUCAUUGAAUCGCUUAUUGAAUUAUGCUCGACUACAACCAACGGCCCUAGGAAGAGCGGUAUUGUCGUCUUCUUUAGGUCCAGUGCAUGGGUUAGCAGUUUUCGAGGAGUUGGAUCGCGCACGACGAUCUAUCGCCCUGGAUACUGAAUUACAUCUGAUAUAUCUGUUAACUCCUGUGUAUUUGGAUGUUGGUGCCGAUUUGGAUUGGCUUUGUUACUUGGAACAGUAUCAGAGUUUAUCUCCCGCAGAGCGUAGAGUUGCUGAUCUGGUUGAUAUUGAAGAACGGUUUAUUACCAGAUGUGCAGCUGGUGCCCCACCAACCACUAGUGGUCGUCUUGGUAAUGCUUCUAUGAGCAGUCGACGUCUGAGCUUGCAUAGACGUUUUUAUACAGCUUUAGUACUAUAUCGCUUAGUUAAUGAAGAUGGCUUACAAGCUGUUGCAAGGAAGUUUGGCGUCAAUCGUGGUCUCCUACAAAGUUUACAACAACAAGCUGCCACUUAUGCAGGUAUGGUAACUAUCUUUUGUAAUCGUCUUGGUUGGAGUCAUAUGGAACGUAUAAUAGCGAAUUUCCAGUCACGUUUAUGCUAUGGUGUUUCUGAAGAACUUGUUGACUUGAUACGUUUACUACCUCUGGUUAAUGCUGAACGUGCUCGGGCUUUAUACGCAGCUGGUUAUACUUCUGUAUCGUCGUUGGCUACUGCACGUUCUCAAGAUAUUUCAAGGGUUUUACAACGUGCAAUACCUUUUGAACGAAAGAAUAACAGUGAGAAUUCUGCAAAAGCAUCAUGUCGUACAAUUCUACUAGAUGAUGGGAACGUAAUCAAUGAACAAGAAGCUGCACCAUUAAUUAUUGAGCAAGCCAAACGACUAUUGGAAAUAGAUUUAGCUUCAGUCUAUGGGAAAGAUCUAGUUAUUCUAUCCAAAGAAGAUGAGAAAGUGAUACAGUCUAAGGAGAACACGACUAUUGCUGAUUCACCAGUGCAUCAAUCACAAGCUAUUGUUGAAAUUAAAAACACAUUAAACGAGUUGAAGAGUAGUCAAUUAAUAGUGGGAAAUACAAUUUCUUCCAGAGAUAUGAAUGUAAAUGAUGAUCAUGGUAGGAAUCUUGUUUCUGCUGAGAAUAGAAAGCGUCCCAAUAGUUCUGUAAGCGAAGACCACGGAGCGAAAUGCAAAAAGGUUCCUGAGGAGAAUGUUGUUCUUACAUCAGUGAUGUUGGCAACGACGACGGCGAGUAACACCACUGCCCCCACAACCACUACUACUACUACUAACAGCACCAUAUGUACAGGAUUGUCGUUUGCUAGUGAUGACUCUAUUUCUGAUGACUGUUGUAACAACACAGGGAAUCACACUUGCAACAGAGAGAAAAAAUGCGCUUCAUCUCAGAAGAAUAGUACAGAUUGUAAUAUCGACCAUUGUGAUGAUCAAAUUUUAACAUUUCAGUCUCAAGUUUUGGACGUACAGUGCAAUAAAUCCACACACCUCCAGGAUACAAUGAUCUCUAAAGAUUUUGAGAAUUUCACUCAGCCUAGUCAGUCUUUCAUUUUAACCAGUCAACUAGCAGCUAUUGUUGAUAAUCAAAUUUCAAUAGUUGAUAAUACAAAAACAGAAAACAGUGUGAUGAAUAUUUCAGUUAAUCAUUGUAUGGUAACUAUCUUUUGUAAUCGUCUUGGUUGGAGUCAUAUGGAACGUAUAAUAGCGAAUUUCCAGUCACGUUUAUGCUAUGGUGUUUCUGAAGAACUUGUUGACUUGAUACGUUUACUACCUCUGGUUAAUGCUGAACGUGCUCGGGCUUUAUACGCAGCUGGUUAUACUUCUGUAUCGUCGUUGGCUACUGCACGUUCUCAAGAUAUUUCAAGGGUUUUACAAACCGUAGCCAAUACCUUUUGA